AUGUAUACUACAUCACCUCUUGUAAUUGUGGAAUAUCGUCAAACCUGUUCUAAAAAUCAACAUGAAAGAUAUCAUAAAAGGUUAAAAAAAGCAUUUAAUGAUAUAAAAAAACAAAUAUCAAGUAAUGAUGGUAACCUAAAAUUGACUAGAAAAAAUCCUCUUGCUGUUGAAUUAAUAAUGGCUAUAGAUCAAUUUUUAAAACAUGGAAUUUUAUCGUCAGAUUUAAGUUAUUGGAAAUUUUUAUGUGAAUAUCUUACAAAAAGAGAAGUUCUUGAUAUUAAAUUUGACUAUGGUAAAGAUGAUAAUCAUUUAAAUUGUUUUGGAUGGUUAAAAACAUCACUAACAUUAAAACUUUUACAAUUUCAUCUUCUUUGUUUUUUUAAUGGUGAAAGAAAAUUGAAUGUUAAAUAUUACUCUGAUAAAGCUGUUUUUUUUAAUAAAAAUAUUCAAGAUUUUUUAAUAACAGAAUUGGGAAUAAUUAAUGAAAAGGUUGAUUUUUUAUUAAUGCCACAAUCUGAUGAAAUAAAUGGUGAGAUACAUGAAAUUACUGCAAUUGAAGAUGUUAGAAAUAAUUUUAUUUUACCACAUAGAAAUGAAGAAUCAUUCUCAACAUCAUCUGAUGAUUCUAUAAUUGAAUGUAAUCAUUUAAUAAAAGAAUCCGAAAUUGAAAAAAACUCUAGUUUAAAUAAUUAUUUAAUUGAUGAUCUUGAGUCAUCUAAAUCUAAAGAAUUUAAAUUAAAAAAGAUGCAGGAGGAAGUAAUUGAAGGUGAUUUGUCAAAAAUAUUUUCUAAUUAUAAAUCAGAAGAAACAGAAGAAGAGAAUAAAAAUCAAGAUUAUGUUAUUGAAAAACAUUUAGAAAUGAUGCGUUCUACAAUUCCUACUAAUAUUUUUAAUAAACAGUUUAAUGGAUCACCAAUUGAGAUAUUAACUAAUGAUGAACAAUUAGAGAGGGAAAGAACAAUUCAACUGGAAAAAGAGAUUAAAUUAGGUAAUAAUAGAAUAAGAACAAUAUCAAGAACAGUUGAUGAAUUAAAAUCUGAGUCUGUACCAUCAAGUAAUUUUACUGAAAAUUGUAUUAGCAAAUUAAAAAAUCGCAAAAAUUCAACAGAUGAUAAGAAAGAAAAAGUUUUUGAAAAAUAUGAAAAUACUUUUAAAACAGUUAAAUUAACUAGAAAUCGUACCAAUCCAGAGUCUUUCUUAAUUAAUAGUAUUCGUAAUUUUGGAACAACUGAUAUGUUAGGAAAAUCACCAACAACAUCAUUAGCAGAAUUGUUUCAUGAACCUAAUACUAGAAUUACAACAACAGGUACAAAUCUUUUUGAUAUGUCAAAUGAGUGUGAUGUAAAUAAUGGAGAUGGUGAAAUAACACCAAUAUCAGAAGAAAAUAUAAAUACUCAAAAUAAUUAUGGUGAAAUUCCUCAAGAUCCUGGUGAUAUAAUGCAUCUUUUAGCUGAAGUCUUUUUAGAAGGAAAAGAAAAGUUUAAUAGUAUGUUUGGUGUAUUUAUUGAUCACUCAAUAGAAGAACCAAAAUUUCGAUAUUUAUGUUUAACAAAUAUGAAUAUUUAUAUAUUAUCAAAAGUAACAGAAGGAAUUGCUUUUGCAUGUGAAGCAUUAUUGGAAGAACCAAAAUCAUUUGAUAAUGAUAUGAUGAAUAUUAAGGAGGAAGACGAUGAAUCAUCAUAUACACCAACAAAAAAUUUAGAAAGAAAACAUGAAAGUGCAAGUUACGUAACACAUUUAGUCAUUCCAUUAAAUGAUAUUGAUAUGAUAUCAAUUUCAUAUGACUAUCAAUCAAUUAUCUGUUCUUCCAAAAAUGGUUGUUUUAUAAAAGAUAAUACAAUUGUUAGAAAAAAUAAUUUCUCAUAUUGUAUUGAUGUUGGUAGUGAAUUAUUAGGCCAGAAUAUUUUUAAAAAAAUUAAAUCUACUUCAGAAAAGUAUGUUAGUGAAAGUAAUGAAAAAACAGUAGAAAUGCCUAUAAUAAGUAUCGAUAAUAAUAUUAAAAAAUUCUUUCAUUUAAAAUUUUUAAAAGAUGAGUUAAAAGACAAUGAUAUAUCAAUUGAAUAUUUUUCAUUAAUUUAUUGGAAACAUGAAAAUAUAUCAACAUUAAAUGAUUAUGGUUCUGGUGUUACAAGAGCAAAAUUAUUAUAUCGUGAGGAAGAUACAACUUCAUGGAAAAUUGUUAGUAGUAAUAUGUAUAAACCAUGGAAAGAAGCAUACUGUGAAUUAACAUAUAAUCAAAUAAUUGGUUUUAGAGAUCGUGAAAGUAAAGAUGCUAUAUUUUCUAUGGUUAUUUGUGAACAUAUAGCUAAUAUUGUAGAAGAGUAUGAAGAACAGAAAGAUCUUCAUAUAUUUACAGUUAUACCAAAAAAUAAUUAUAAUAAGACACGUUUUCAGUUAGGAUUUGCAAAUUACAAUGAGAUGUGUAAAUGGAUGAAUAUAAUGAAAGAAUUUUUAGAAAAUUCAGAAUUUAAAGAAUUUAACAGACCUAUAUCAACAUUAUUAUUUGGUACCAAAAAUCAUAUUGUAAUUGCAAGUGAACAUAUUAAUUUUAAUGAAAAAGGUAGUAUGCGUAUAUAUCUUGUAAAAAAAAUGGAUAAUAAUGUUAAAAUAAUGUAUCAUUCUACUGAUAACAGACAUGUUAUUAUUAUUUUUGACAAUUCCAAUGGAUAUAAUUGUUUAUUGUUUAGAGAUGAUUAUGAAUUAGAAAGGAUUGUGUCAACAAUUUCAAAUAUAUAUGGUAUUAGUAUAUUACCAUUGAUUGAAUUAAAAGAAACAGAUAAAGGAUCAUAUUUUAGAUUAGUACAAUCAUUUGAUGAAUGGGUAAAUGUUUGGUUGGAACAUUUUUCAAAUGAUAAUAUAUAA